GUACUGAUUAUUGUAUUUACUUGUUUGAAUGUAGGGUUUGAAUGUAAAACGUUUGCAGAAUAAAUAUAUUUUAAAUUCUCGUGUGUAUUUUUUAUGAACGGUUGAUUUUAAAGGUAAAUUUAAUAAAGGUGAUACUCUCACUUGGUGCUGGACUAGUGAUGCUUAGGAUACAUUACAAAAGUGGUACAGGAAUAUACAUAACUGAAGCUUUAUUUAAUUAAAACGUAAACAGCAUUUGUUAAUAUAUAUUUAGAUCUAAUUUAAUCUAGAUUGUGCGAAAAGUUGCUCGCUAACCAAUGGACAAAGUGGUAAUCGACUCUUAUUGACUAGUUGAUGCUUAUAGAGUAGUCGAUGCUUAUGGACUAGUCGAUGCUUAUGGACUAGUCGAUGCUUAUGGACUAGUUUGUAUUCUGUUAAUUGUUUAUAAUUAUUAUAUCAAACUUUUUAACUACGGAAAUACGGAAUAUUUUUUAAAUAAUCUUUGGUAAUUUUAUAAAUUGAUGUUAAUUUAUUAAUUCUGGAACAACUCCUUUCCGUUGCUCUUGGCAAAAACCAUUGACGGACCUUGAACUUUGGCAACUCGGCAACUCUGCAUCGAUCAUCAAGAAUUCAAGAGUAAUAAAAAUAUUACAAACUCAUUAGAGAGAUAAUAAAAAAUCGCUUAAAGUAUUUCCGAAUCAUAAUGGAAGAUGAAAAUGCUGAUGAUGAAAUAGCCUCAAAUGAAAGAAACCUGAAUAAAAAAUUAAUUAAAAGAGGAUUUCAACAACCAGAAAUCAGUCGGUACAUUAAAGAUGUUUCUUCUGCCAAUUACAACACCAACAAGCACCGAAUGAUUCGAAUCAUGUUUAUUGCUAACCAGCUUGCCAGAGACGCCGGUGUUGAAUUACUCAUUUUUGGGUAUUUCCCAAAUGUUACUGUGGGAAGUUGUGCAGCAUGGGCAUUUGGUGAAGAGACUAAAAAUAUUGUUACGAAACCAACAGCCAAAUCAUUUCUUAAACAUUGGGAGAAUGUUUUUUCAUUAAAAGAAGAUAUACGUCAAAAUCCAGCCAAGGCCAAUGUUGAUGUUGACAAUGAAGAACCACAAACUGAAAAUGUUGAAAAUGAAGAACGACAAGGUGAAAAUGUUGAUGUUGACAAUGAAGAUGAUCCACAAACUGAAAAUGUUGAAAAUGAAGAACGAGAAGCUGAAAAUGAAGAACCACAAACUGAAAAUGUUGAGUUAAACAAAGAAAAAGAAGUUGUCGUUGUUCAAGUAUCACUCAACGAAACAGACACAGCGGAAGUCAACAAGAACACCAAAACCGAAAUUUUUAAACUGAGACGACUUAAAAUUUGUACAAUCAAUUAUUGUACACUGAAAUAA